AUGGAGAUGUUUCUGUUUGUUUUCUUCAUUUUAGAAAAACCCAAGAAAGGAAGGAAAGGGAAAAGAAUCUCUGCUUUCUUCAAGAGAGUGUGGAAGGCUGCAAAGCGCCCUUUCCUUUGCUGUGACACAGAUAUAGUCCAGCAUUUUACACCAGAGCCAGAGUCACAGCCAGAGUUCGAGCCAGAGUCUGAGCCAGAGUCUGAACCAGAGUCACAGCCAGAGUUCGAGCCAGAGUCUGAGCCAGAGUCCGAGCCAGAGUCAGAGCCAGAGUCCGAGCCAGAAUCCGAGCCAGAGUCCGAGCCAGAGUCGGUUCCUGAGGAGCCUAAAGAGGCUUCUGGGCUCAAACGUGGUUCUGUGCUGUCUCGCUUUAAAGUAGUACGCAUGAUUGGACGAGGAACUUUUGGCCAGGUGUAUGUGGCAUCUCACAAACGUAACAAAAGUGAAAAGGUUGCCCUGAAGUAUAUCAUCAAGAGUGAACACGACCGUUAUUUCAACAUCGAUGGUCAUUCCACACCUGUGCUUGCGGAAGUGGCAGUCAUGCUUAGGUUGACGAAUGCUCCGCAAUGUCCAAACAUCAUCGGAUUCCACGACUGGGUUGAGAAUAAGAGGAACUUUGUUCUCGUUCUGGAGUACCCAGAGUCAUGCCAGACUUUGGCUCAUUACAUCAAAGAUACACUACGUAUUACUGAAAACCAAGCACGCGGGUUAAUGCGUCAGUUGAUCCAAGCUGUAAUGUUCUGCACGGAGCGUGGAGUUUUCCAUGGUGAUAUACACGCGGCGAACAUCCUGGUGACUCAACCCAAAUUAGAGCUCAAAUUGAUCGACUUUGGUUGUGCUUGGCCAAUUACCAGCGAGCCUUUGGACAGCUGUGAUUAUCGAGGAGCCAUCUUAUACACGCCCCCUGAGAUUUAUAGCUGUCAAAAAUUCCAUGCUAACCCAGUAAACGUCUGGGUAAUAGGCAUCGUGCUGUAUGAAAUAUUGCAUGGACAUUUGCCCUUUCAUGACAGACAAUCAGUAAUGAUUGGAUCCUUUGAGAUACUCCCCAGGUUAUCUGCAGCAUGCCGGAACCUGAUUUCCCAGUGUUUGAUCAGCUGUCCAGAUAAGCGACUACAGUUACAUCAGGUAGAAAAGCACUGGUGGCUCAAUCCAACGACCCCAAAUCCUGUGCGGCAGCUAGAGAAGAGGAGGUAG